GUGUCAGCGAGAUGAUCUGUGUUCUGGUCGAACUGGUAGAGCCAGCAGUGCUGCCGAUGGAUCCGUGUCGUAACAGUCAGUUGGGGUGGCUGGCUUUCUAUUCCGUCCGCCACAGGUAAACAAGCUGCAGGUACUCAGCGAGGCAGCUCCGCACAGGCAUGACUUUACCCUCACAGCUGAAUCAGAAAACAGCAGAGGAACUCAGUCCUUCAGGAAAAACCUCUGCAGUCCUCUGAAGGUGUCCAUGUGGACCAGGAACCUCCAGCUUCAGAGAGAAUGUGGGAUGGAGAGGUACCAGGCCCGUUCAGAAGGGGCUGUCAAACCCGAGCUAGCCUGCCUGCGAGCCACUGGAGCAGCCACCAAGCUGAGAGGCCGCUGGGUGUGCUGUACUUGCAGUAUGGUCAGGAGACCAUGCAGGUGAAGAUGCCUGCAGAAAUCAACAGUCUGGACUUUGUGUAUGCUCUGUUUGCCACUGCCUUCCCUCACCUGACCAUGAAGAUGCUGCAGUCUCCUAACAUGGGCAUCUACAUCAAAGACAUUAACCACAAUGUAUACUACGACAUGGACGACGUAAGAAACAUCAAACCCUAUUCCUGUCUGAAGGCCUACCAUAAGGAUCCCAGACAAAUCUACCACCCUGUCAGCAGGUUUGACGACGGCAAAGUGAGUAUUUCCAAAGAGGUUUUAUAUGGCAACCACAGUCCGCUCCACAGCCAGGCCCUGCAGGGCUCGAUGUCCCCCCCUGUGGUGCGCUCCAUGCCCUCUUCUCCAUCCAGAAGGACGAUUGGUGGCAGGAGUACAGGCGGCAGAAGAGGAACGUUGCAGUCAGGAAGUUCCACGUUACCACGGGAAGGCUUUUCAAGGGGAGGGCAGGCCAGUGCCUCCUGCAGCAGCGUCAUUUUAGAAAGGAGAGAUGUGAUGCCCGAUCAGGAGCUCACUAAUAAAAAUAGAGCCAUGUUGCUUUAUGGAGAUGGAGGCCUUCCUUACCCAGAGUCCUGCCCCUCCAUACAAUACAACACAACAGGAAGAGGAAGCAUGACCUCCUCCCAGUGCGGCGCUCCACCCGCUGACCUGGUGGGGGUGUCCGUCCGAGGGAUCCCGGUGGGGCUGCCGCAGUACCGUGCCUCCAUCAAACCUCUGAUGGACCAUGGGGCGGCGGGGAUAGAUCACCUCCACAGAACUCCUCCGAUGUCCCCCCACAGAACCAACGAGGUGAGGAUGACUGAGGAGCAGGUGUGUGGAAGCUGGGGCCCGAUGUCUCCAGAACUGUCGUCCCUUCCGAGCUUUCUACGGCGGGAAAGUGAUUUUGUGACAGCGGAUAUCAUGAGCAGAAGCAGGGGGGGCUCUUCUUCUUCUUCGUCGUCUGUGUUUGUGGAGAGUCCUCAGACGCUACCAAGAGGCUUUGGGACAACCAGUGCAUACAGUGAAAAAAUCAGUGCCAUGGAGAAGCAAAUAGCCAACCUGGCAGGACUGGUUCACCACGCUCUGUCUAUGGGAUCAGAAGAUCCACGACUCACUGAGGCUCCAGGGUUGGAUGAAAGGCAGAAAUCUAUUACAAAUGUGAAAUCAGAGGCUGGCUUCGCAGUAGACAGUGACUUUUCUGAGCAAAACCUCAACAACAACAGACUCGUGCUGUUAUCAGAGACUCAACAUCCAGCUGCUUUGGUUAAAAACCCCGACCUGAAUCCUCUGGGCCUUCCCGCUCAUCUCCAUGGGAACGGGCUGCGACAAGGCUUGAUGUCAGCAAAGAAACAAAUCUCUGAACUGCGACUGCAGCUUGGAAAACUCAGGUCUACACAGCUUUCUAACAUGGAGACCAUCAAGUCGAUGCUGAUGAUGGCCCGUCAGGAGCUGGUGGUGCUGGUGUUUGAUCGACUGACUCGGUUGGAGAAGGCGAAGCAUCAUAGGAGAGCCUUGGUGGAGGACGACCGUCUCCACUACCUCACCAACGAGGAGAAACUCCUCAUACAGCUGUGUGACCUAGAGAAGUACGUUCAGCGCUUGCACAGCUCCAGCUCCACUAUGGGCCAGCCGGCAGUCACGCUGAGUGAUGUGGAGAAGGCGGCGGUGAGCCUGCGAGAGCUCGGAGAGGCUCUGGCAGGCCUCAAAAACGAGUUUCCAGAGCUGCAGAGGAAGCUGCAGUCUGCACUAACGCUGGAGGUGGAGGCUGUGAGGUUCCUGAAGGAGGAGCCUCAGAAAAUGGACUCCAUGUUAAAGCGGGUCCGAGCGCUGACCGAAACCCUCAGCUCUCUGCGCAGACUAGUUUCAGGGUCAUCCAGAUCCAGAGCGGACCCCCUGAAGCAGGGACCCCUGAGGACCAACAGCCCCCACAGUUCACCGACUCUGCAGCCGCGAUGCUCAGCUAAAGUCCCGCCCUUCUCUGUGAAUCUGAUGGGGUCAGCCUCUCCCAUCACAGCCCGCAGAAUGAGCUCAGAGGCCUCAGAGGUUUGGCCCAUCCGUCAUGACCACAACACUGCGUUUGCACCCAGUUUGAGGCCCGACUCGUCCGCCGUGACACAGGCAGCAUCAGGAACCCUGCAGGACGAGCUGUGUGACAACCUGAAACGGAAUGGAUGAAUGCAGAAAGAGCGAGCAGCGAGCGGCUGAGGAGCUUCACCAGGAACCGUCCGGGAUGGUGGUGGGACGACUGCUCGGUCAAUCCAGCUGUUGCAGAACGCAGCAGAUGAUCUGUUCACUCUCCAAAUGAAUAUUUGUCUUUUGUAGGGUCAUUAUUUUUGACUUUGUGGACUGUUAACUUAUCACAGGAAUAUGUAAAACUGCCAAACAUGAUCCUGUUAUUGUGAUUCAGAAGGUUCGUAUCACCCAGCAGCUCAUUCCAAAGAUUUAUGUGUGAACAAUCAGGCUAACAAAAUGUUGGGUUUUAUAAAUGUUAUUUUUGUAUUUCCUUAACCAGAUGGCACUUCUACACCAUCACAACAACAAGACAGAAAGACAGAAGUAUAGAUAUACGUUCAAACAUGGCUUAGAUGUUUCAAAUGGUCCAACUGGAUACAUUUAGACAUUUAUAUCCAGAUAUUAAAGAACAUAAAGUGGAAAAAGGAUUUAUGAAUUUGAUUCAGAGUUCAGUUUAUGACAUAAAGAAAUAAACUCCCAUUUGUUGCCACACAUCUAGGUGUGCGGAUUUGUUCUUCGUGUUGUACCCAAGCCGUGGGGGAGAGGUGAGCUGCAGACACAGCUGCACUCAGUGACCAUUUGAUGGUUUAACACCCUCCCAAUCCAACCAAUUGAUGCUGAGGGUCAAGCAGGGAGAAACUGGGUUCCAUCUUUGUUAUGAUCCAGCCUGGAUUUGAAGUGUCAACCAGCCAGUCUCAGGGCAGACACUCUACCACAAGGCCACUGAGUUGAUUUAAAUGUAGAAAUUGAUAAUUAAUUCAACAGAUUUCAUUACUUUUCUUAAACAAAAAUACAAAAUACAACAUUAAAAACUUCAAGUAGUUUAUGUAAAUGCACAGCUCUAAAAAGAACUAAGGUUAUUAUAGUCUAACACAUCCAAACAAUGAGACUGGGUUUUAAAAAAUCAUCAAUUAUGAGAUUCACUAUUGAUUAAAUCCAUUAAUUAGUUUUCUUUGAAGCAAUUUUUUGAAUAUUGUGUUCAAGAAAAACUACAAUUUUUGUUCAUUUUUAAUGAAAACAUUGAAAUGUAUUAAAUACAUUACUCAUAUUUUUCAUCUCAUUAACAUUCCUUCUUAAGAAAACAACUUCUGUGAAAUAAGUAACAUUACUUUUGCUGCAAGACUUAACUCUAUUUGACAACAUGGUUUGAAGUUUGAUCCCUUUUUGUCCCAAAAUGUCAUGGAAGCUGUUCAAAAAUAAAACCUGUAGAUCCUUUUGACUCACAGCUACCAGAAAGAUGUCUGUUUAAACAGAGAGAAGAAAAUAAAGAUUACUGUAGGUGUAAAAAAAA